AUUUCCCAUUGCCCAGCCUCCUGUCCACACUUCUGGCAACUGCCACCCACCAGAGUCAACAUGUCUCAGCAUCAGAAGGGUCUGGGAUGCCCACAGGAUCAAUGCCUUCAGACCUUCACUAAGUCCCAGGAUCUGGAGGUUGCACAGGUCUCCGAGGCUCUGGAGGAGACCCAUCUCUCCUCCCAUUCUGUAAUGCCUGGCAGUUUGAAGGAGGAUCCUGAUGUUGGUAAACCCAGUACGUCUGAGGGUCCCUGGGGUUUCUGCUCAUCUGCUGUUGCCAGCACAGCAACCUCAUCCACCGAAUUGGAUGAGGGCUCCAUGAGCCAAGAAGAGGAUAGUCCAGGCACCUCACAAGCUGCACCAGACACCGAGAAUGUGUCCAUUGAUGCUGUAGAUAGUAAAGUGGCUAUGUUGGUGAAUUUCCUACUGCUCAAGUAUCAGAUGAAAGAGCCAAUAACCGAGGAAGAGAUGUUGAAGAUUGUCGACAGUUGCCAAGCCCACUUCCCUGAGAUCCUCGUGAGAGCCUCUGAGCGCAUGGAGAUCAUCUUUGGCCUUGAUCUGCAGAAAGUGGAUCCCGCCAACCACCGCUAUGACCUCCUCAUCAAAUUGGGCCUCACCUAUGAUGGGAUGCUGCAUGGUGAAGUGGGCGUGCCCAAGACUGGCUUCCUCCUGCUUAUCCUGGGUGUGAUCUUCAUGAAGGGCAACCGUGCCACUGAAGAUGAAGUCUGGGAAGUUUUGAGUGUGAUUGGGGUAUAUUCUGGAAGGAAGCACUUUAUGUUUGGGGAGCCCAGGAAGCUCAUCACUGAAGAUUUUGUGAAAGAAAAAUACCUGGAGUACCGGCAGGUGGCCAACACUGAUCCUGCCCAGUUUGAGUUCCUGUGGGGCCCCAGAGCCCAUGCUGAAACCACCAAGAUGAAGCUCCUGGAGUUUCUGGCCAAGGUUCAUGGGAUUGACCCAAGUUCUUUCCCAUCUCAGUAUGAGGAGGCUUUGCAAGAUGAAGAAGAGAGAGCCCAAGCAAGUUCAGCCAGAGGACUCUCCUUCCAUGGCUACCCCAAGUUCUAAUAUCAAGGCCAGUAGCUUCUCUCACACCUAGGGGAGUCAGGGGUAGUUUCUUCAUGCAUUGUUGGAAAGUAAAUUUAGUGUUUAUAGAGUUUAAAUCUGAGGUGAGGCUGAAAGUAAGACUAUAUGUAAGCCUAUAUGUUCCUAUCUUGUAUGGACAUCUUAAAAUUUUAAUCUGUUAUUUCUUCAUAUAUGUAAUUAUUUGAAAAUUGUUUCUUAAACAUACCUUAGCAACAGCACCUUCAAGUUUAGGGAUGAUACUGGUCACACAUGUAAUGCUAUAAUGAGGUUUACUAAUAAGAGCUUUAUUGUUUCAUAAAAUAGACUGUGAAACCAUCCAUCUUAUUUUGUCUCCCAGAACAAGAGGACGUGGCAUUGCUAUAGACAAUUUCUUGCAAAUGUGAAAGAAGAUGAUUUUAAGAUAGUUGAGAUGACUAGAGAAAAACAGCAAUUAAAAUCUUAAAGAUAUUGAAAUCUUGGCUUCCUUAUCUCUUUUAGCUCUUGUUCUCUAAAAUUAAAUGAUAUGUACAUGGAUUUGUUUGGCCUUUUCAAAAACUUAAAAGAAAUUAAA